GUGGGUUUGAAAUCAUAGCUGCAGUGAGAGUUCAAAAAGAGCUCUUUUGGAGUAGAACUGAUCGGUUGCAGGCGAGGCAUGCCAGUUUGUGUCACCAUACCAUCUUUCCUGCUAACCUAGCACUUGUGCAGGACAUCAGUAACAUGAACAUGGUAGGCCCUAACAUGAAGAUCACAUGGGAUAGAAAAACGAGCCCUUCAUUUCAUUAGGUGGGCCACAAACCCUUGGUAACAAUGGGUAACUGACAGUCUGAUUUAACAUAAGGUAUGGCCCGACAUAUUGAACGGAUCAGAAUGAUUUAAAACAAUGAUGAUUUUCAUGGUGGGGCCCACUGUUUUGAUGGUCCUGAUGUCUCACACAAGUAGCAAGUUGUGGUACCCUUACCUUCACGUGGCAUUUCUCUAACUAAAGUACGGCCGUUUCAAAUUCAUUCUCAUUUACAUUUUCCCCAAAACAUGGAGCAGAAAAUGCUCCAAAUUCUACAGAACUGUAAAAAUAUCAGAGAAUUCAAGCAAACCCAUGUCCAGAUUUUCGUACACGGUCUUCAAAAUGACAAAUUCCUCAUCCGAAAGCUCAUCGAUUUGUCUUCAACCUUUCAUUCUCUUGACUACGCAAUUCGGAUCUUUGAAGAUGCUCAAUCGCCAAAUGUUUUCAUCUACAAUACCUUGAUCAAAUGCUUCAAUGAAAGAAAUCGUAAAAAAGAUGCAUUUCUCACGUUCAAUCAGAUGAAGGAAUCUGAAAUCUCACCCAAUAAUUUCACGUUUACAUUUCUUCUCAAAUCCUGCGAAUUGUCAGAAGCUUUAGUAGAAGGCAUGGAGUUUCAUGCCCAGAUUAUCAAAUCUGGGUAUGGGUUAAAUGUCUUUGUUCAAAACACCCUCUUAGAUUUCUACUCUAAAUGCAACCAGGAGUUGGAUUUAGCUUGUCAGGUGUUCGACGAAAUGCCUGUAAAAGAUGUGGUUUCCUGGAAUUCCAUGAUCAAUGCCUAUAUGAAUAAGGGUGAUAUGGCAUCGGCAAUUGGUUUGUUUGAGACAAUGCCAGAGAGGAAUGUCGUGUCUUGGAAUUCUGUCAUUGCAGGGCUUUCGAAGGUCGGAGACAUGAAAUCGGCACAGUCAGUCUUUGAACGUAUGCCAAUGCGGAACACAGUCUCAUGGAAUGCUAUGAUCACUGGGUAUGCUAGGCGGGGUGAGUUGGUGACUGCAAGAUCAAUUUUCAAUUGGAUGCCAGAUAAGGAUGUAGUUUCUUGGACGGCCAUGAUUUCAGGAUACACACAGACCGGCAACCUGGCAUCUGCAAGCGAGCUUUUCGAUCAGAUGCCAAUCAAGAACUUGGUCUCUUGGAACACGAUGAUUGCAGGUUAUGUUCACAACCAUCUAUUCUAUCGAGCAUUGCACACAUUUCAUCAAAUGCUGACGGCUACUGAGCUUAAACCUGAUGAGGCCACUCUAACCAGUGUCCUCUCUGCUUGUGCUCAUUUGGGUGCUCUUGAACAUGGAACUUGGGUAGAUUCUUAUAUUAAGAAAAACAAAUUCAAAUUAACGGUUACAUUAGGAAAUGCUCUAAUAGACAUGUUCGCCAAAUGUGGUGAUAUGAAAAAUGCAAACACUCUAUUCAAUCAAAUGACGAAAAGGUGUAUAAUCACAUGGACAACAAUGGUUUCUGGUCUAGCCCUUAAUGGGCAAUGUAAGGAAGCUUUAGCCAUCUUUGAUGCAAUGUGCAGAGAAAGAGUAGCACCCGAUGAUGUUAUUUUCAUUGCAGUUCUUACUGCUUGCACCCAUGGAGGGCUGGUCGAAGAGGGUCAGCGGAUCUUCAAUCGGAUGGUGGGGGAGUUUGGGAUUGAGCCGCGGAUCGAGCACUACGGAUGCAUGGUGGAUCUUCUUGGUCGAGCUGGGAAGUUACAAGAAGCACUUGGGUUUAUCAUGAACAUGCCCAUAGAGCCCAACGCUGUUAUUUGGGCUACGUUGUUAGGAUCAUGCCAGUUUUAUGGAGACGGCAAGUUAGCGGAGUUUGUGGCCAGAAAGAUUAUUGAUUUGGAGCCAUUGAAUCCUGGGUACCGAGUUUUGAUUUCGAAUUUAAAUGCGUCAAUUGGGAGGUGGGAGGAUGUUCUGAAUGCUAGAGCAGCUAUGAGAGAGGAGGGGAUGGAGAAGGUGCCUGGUUGUAGUUCAAUCCAAGUGGGGAAUGGUGUCCAUGAGUUUCUUGCUAGGGACACAAGGCAUGAACAUAGUAAAGAGAUUUAUGAAGCUUUGGAUGGGUUGACUGAGCAGUUGAAAGCAGUAGGCUAUGUGCCUUGCAGAAGUCACAAUGUAGCAUUGCAUCAAGAGCAGUGAGCAGUUCAAUUGAGAUAAAUAGAGGUUAGAUGACUUGGGUUUGUUUGGCAUCGCCUCAGGAAUCAGGGGCAGGAUGCAUCUAAUUUCUGCUUGGUUUAACUACCAGUUGAAACCAUCUGAAUGGUGAUUUCCUGGUUUUGCGGAAAACUGACAGCCGGCAUGGUUUGGUUUUAUUUUCAGUCCUCCCUGGUUUGCAUGGCUCCACUGACAUGUUCAACCAAAUAUCAGUUUGGGGUGCUUCCAAACACAAUGUUGGUGAAAACAGAAAAGGAUGUAUCCAAGUUUCUAGUGUGGAUUCUUAGGCGCCGUUUGUUAAAUCUGAAGUCUAAAGCCUGAAUCUGAAAUCUGAAGCCUGAAUCUAAAAUCUGAA